AAUAUUUUAUUUUUGUAUAAAUGAUAUUGGUUUGUCACUUUAACUACAAAAACACUGAACAAGUAAAAUGUUUUGAUACUUGAACCUAAGUUUUUCCAAUUUAUGCUACUUUUCACUCAGAUAUAAGUAAGUACAUUAAUCUAACAAAUUACUUAUGAUUAUCUUAUUAAAUAUGAUGAGCUCUUGUGGAUUAAUGCUCCCACAUGUCCUCACAGGAGACUUAGGUUAGACCUGAGAUCAUCAUGUAAUGAAAAGUAUGAUAAAACUGUGAACAUUACCACAACAAACUUACAGAGAGUCCAUGGAGUCGCAAAAAACACAUUCUUUUAUCAAUGCACAUGUGAAAAUUAGUUAUAUACAAUAAAUAUCAGUCCAAAAUAUCAUCAGCUGGAUAUUGGGAAAUGUAUAAUAUCAGACAUUUGCUUGAAAUGAUGAAAUUCUAACCGAUAAAUACAACCAAUAAUAUGAAGCCAAACUUGCACCUGAGCAACACAGUGUCGACUAUAGGCCCAACAAGUUCACAGUGUGGACAGUUUUCAGUUUUUGUGGGAGGCAAUUCAACUGUAAUUUGAAACACGUGCUGCUAGUUAUAAAACAACAAACUUUAGUAGAACUAUGGAAAACUGAAUCCUCCAUUUAUACCCUGUGUGUAUCAACUACAAGGAACUUGAAAUAAAUACAUACAAUAAUUCAGUAUCAGCCAAGAGAAACAGGUCAUUCUUGGAAUUGGCUAAAAAAAAUCCAUGUUGUGCAUCCUGAGAACAAAUCUCUUGUGUCUAUAUAUUUAACACCCACAGCUCCCUAAAGAUGUAUAUAAUCUUUAGAGCUCCACAAUUGAAUACUCUAAAAGUGGCCAUUUUGCACAGUGAGUUUACUUUUGACACUAUAAUUUGGAGGUAAUAGGUUAUCUUUUAUUCAAGUAGAAUUUAAAAUGCAUGACUAUCUUAGAACAGAGUUUUAGUAUGCUAUGAAAGGUGCACAGUGCAGUUUUGGGGAAAACAUUUUAAUCAGAAGAGAAAAAGAUCUUUAUUGACGGAGCAAACCAGAUAAACACAUUGUUGUUGUUUUCAUGACUGAAUUAGUAGAAUAAACAAAAUGACCUUCUGGACAACAAUUGUAUUCGAUUUUACUGCAUUAUUAGCUCAUCAAUAUUCUAACUAUUAAAACUCUGAGUUUGAAUUUCUUGCCCCUUCAGAGUACUUUUACUUGAGAGACCUUCUUCCACAUCAGGCAUGACUGUUUUCACUCACUUAAGCUGCUUACCUAACUUAUCGCGCGCAAUGGGCAAGAUUCUCAAACAUUUGUAUUCAGAGACCUUACAGUCAGGAUCUGGGGACCCCCUGUGGGACCACCGGCUCCAGAUAAUCUGCUGUGUUACGGGGUGGGGCGCAUGUGGGAAAGCCCUCUGGACGGGCUCAUCGCGGUGCCUGCGCCUUUAAGAAGCAGCCCAGGCGGUGCGUGUUGGUGUUCCUCCUCGGCGCACCUUCUGCUCCAUCACCAGACGAGGAUGCAUCCCGGCAACUUCUAACAGCGGCGAUACCUGCAGCACGCAUGAGAGACGCUGAACGGUCAGCUUCGUAGACAGGUAAUGGAUCCAGUGAGACGGUUUUAACAACUUCCUGCCCAGCUGGCCUGUCUUACUCCGUAGCUAUGGCAGCUUGCCCGAGAGGCUGCACCCCAGCGGUGCGCCUUUGUCAGAGACUGAACCGACUCAAGACACUGGAUGAUGACAUGAUGGCCACAUCGCUGAAACGCUGCCUCUCCACCCUGGACCUGACUCUGAUGGGAGUUGGGGGUAUGGUGGGCUCCGGGCUUUAUGUCCUCACUGGAACAGUGGCUAAAGACAUGGUGGGGCCUGCUGUCAUCUUAUCCUUCCUUUUUGCGGGUUUCGCUUCACUCCUGGCCGCCUUUUGUUAUGCAGAGUUUGGAGCACGCAUCCCCAAAACGGGAUCGGCCUACAUGUUUACCUACGUCUCUGUGGGAGAGAUCUGGGCCUUUCUCAUCGGGUGGAAUGUGAUUCUGGAGAACAUGAUUGGCGGCGCUGCUGUGGCACGUGCCUGGAGUGGCUAUCUGGACUCCAUUUUUAACCACGCCAUCCAGAACUUCACAGAGACGCACGUUAUGCAGUGGAACGUGCCCUUCCUCGCCCAUUACCCAGAUAUCCUUGCAGCAGGGAUUCUUGUCGUUGCCUCGUUCUUCAUUUCUUUUGGAGUUCAAGUGUCCUCUUACCUUAACCAUAUCUUCUCCAUUAUAAGCAUGGGUGUCAUCGUUUUCAUCCUGGUCUUUGGCUUUAUGCUGGCAGAACCGGCCAACUGGAGCCAGAAAGAAGGAGGUUUUGCACCGUUUGGACUCUCUGGAAUACUGGCAGGCUCAGCCACAUGCUUCUACGCAUUUGUGGGCUUCGAUGUAAUUGCAUCCUCAAGCGAGGAGGCAAAGAAUCCGCAGAAAGCGGUUCCCAUUGCCACGGCGAUCUCUCUUGGAUUGGCAGCCACAGCUUACGUCCUGGUCUCCACAGUGCUCACACUAAUGGUGCCCUGGCAUACACUGGACCCCAACUCAGCUCUGGCUGAUGCCUUCUUCCGCCGUGGUUACAGCUGGGCUGGAGUUAUUGUGGCAGUCGGUUCCAUCUGUGCCAUGAACACUGUGCUACUCUGUAAUCUCUUCUCCCUGCCUCGGAUUGUCUACGCCAUGGCGGAGGAUGGCUUGUUCUUCUCCUUUUUCUCCCGGGUCAACCCUGUCACCAAAGUCCCUGUCAAUGCUAUACUGGUGUUUGGGAUCCUCAUGGCCACCAUGUCUCUCAUCUUUGACCUGGAGGCCUUGGUUCAGUUUCUCUCCAUCGGCACCCUUCUAGCGUACACCUUCGUGGCGGCGAGCAUUAUCGUGCUGCGCUUCCAGCCCGAGAAAACCAGCGACAAAGGGACCGCUUCCACAUCUCCUAACCCUAAUGCUGAGCCUUCCCCUGCCCCCUCUGAGUCCCAAAACAUAACAGAGGACAGCGGGGAGCUGAAGCAGUACGAGUCCUUCUCUGACAAACUCCAGCUGGUGGAGAGGCAGAAGACGGCAGAACGGCGCGGGGUUGGCCAGCUGAAGGCCUUCUGGGAGCCGUACCUGGGCAGGCUGCUGGGGGACUGUGAGCCGGGCGAGGUCGUGGCCUUCUGCGUGCUGACUCUGAUCGUGAGCUCCGUCUCCCUCUGUGCCGUGUUGGAAUUCGGGCAGAAACAGCUGCAGCUGCCACUCUGGAGCUUCACGACGCUGCUGGUGAUUUUUAGCUUAGCGUUUGUUGCCAGCUUGGCGCUCAUAUGGAUUCAUGAGCCACAAACAAACAGCAAAACAUUCCAGGUGCCCUUGGUUCCACUCACUCCAGGUGCCAGCAUCUUAAUUAACGUAUUCCUCAUGAUGAAGCUCAGCCCUCUAACCUGGAUUCGAUUCACCGUGUGGAUCGCUGUAGGUCUCUUUGUGUAUUUUGGCUACGGGAUCUGGCACAGUAAGGAGGGCUUGAGGGAGCUGCAGCCCAAAGACAUGGCCGCCCGGUACGUGGUUCUACCCAGCGGCAGCCUGGUAGAGACAGUGCAGUCCGUCCAGCCUGAAGGACAGAUGGAUUCGGCGCCCCACAUGAACCCAUCCGACGACUUGGCAGCUGAGGAGUACACAGGAAAGAGAUGAUGUGUGACCAAUCAUAGUCAGUACUACUGCCUGGUAUUAUCUGUUGUCAGCCACUCAUACGCUGUACUAUUACUUGUGUACUCUUUGUAGCUCACUCCCUUUAGCGUGUGACCAGCCUGCCACAGUCUGUACUCGUUGCUCUGCAAAUGUAAGCACACCACAGAGUGGGAUGCACGCUCUCUGUCUCAAUGUGAAGCAUAUUUGUAUAUCUUGUAAUACUCGAAUGUACAGUAGAGAGCUUUAUUACUGUCCCGUGAACUCCUCGCAUCAAAGUUGUGUUAUAUCCUUUAAGACCAGCUCUUUUCUUGCGACCUUGCCAGUUUGUCAGAUCCCACAUGGUUAUAGGUUAUAUAUCUGGUGCUUUUUUUGUGACAAACUGCACUUUCAGUGGAAGAUAACCCAUGACUUUUUUGUUGCUUUGGAAAAAUAUCAUUUUGAGUAAAUUAAGAAUUAGUUUGUUGCAUGUUUUGUUUUUUUAAGUUAAUAGAGGAAUGCACAGACUUUUGUGAGUUUACAUUUUUGCCUUUUUCUUAAAUUCUUCUCCUCUCAGAGCAACAGACCUUGAUCAUUUGGAUCUGUUUAGUCCAUGUUCCCUUUCUGCCCUAAGUUUAGUGGUUUAUUUAACUCCAUAUUCUAACAUUUGAACAUAUGUAUUUAUUUUUCUAUUAUCACUAUAGCUAUUCUGCUUUUAUACAGUUCUAAUUAGCUCAAAUUUUUUCUGAGUUUCCUUUUUCUGCCAUUCUCUUUUUUUCUGUCACGUAUCUUUGUUAGAUGUUUCGCAUGUACCUCUAUUAGUCUUCAUCAGCGUUUUGUGUUCACCUUUUAAGUGGCUCAACAACAAUUCAGUGCUUCGCUUAAUCUCCUAAAUCCCGUCCCAUGACCCUGUUCUUUUUUGUGUCACCGAUCUUGUUCCCGUGCAGUCUUUUCUCACACACAUUUAAACAGCAGCCCUCACUCCCCCCCUUUACCCUGUCGUCAUGAGAUUAGAAAUGAAAGCACACAGAUUAUUGAGCUUCAUAGUCAUAUGACUGAGAGAUGAUAAGAUAAUUGGACGAAUUAGGAUAGCACAAAUCAAUGGGAAUCUUCACACAGGGUAGAUUGCUGUCAGGCAGACAGACAUUGGUUGUCACGUUAAACCUGGGAUGUGCUUCAUCUCUCUGAGGCCUCUGUAAUCCCGGCAGAUUUGCAGCAGUCCCUGUCGCCAGUCUGCAGCCUGACCCAGAUUAAAGAAAGGCACAUAUGUGAACGCUCACAUUAUACAGAUAACAUUCCCAAAGCCAACACUUGCAGACAAAAAUGUCUAUAACGGAACAUAAGGCUUUAGAUUUUAUUGACAGGUUAACAUAUUUAAAAAGAUGUUUUUUUUUAUUCAUUUCAGUUUGUGUUUGCAUGUAUUACAUAAUAAAACCAAUGGCCUUAAACAUGUUGUAGUCAAUGCAGACUAAAUUCCAAAGUUAAAGGGUAACUACAGCAAUUUCACAUAUUAAGAUAUUUAAACAGGUCUUGGGGAGUGCAACUGCAUAUGUGAAAAAAGUACUGUAAAAUCAACUGGGGCUCCAGGGGAAGCUGCAUGUAAUUGGAUAAAUUGCCCCCACUGUGUUGCAUUGUGGGUAGUGUUGGCUAUAGUUCAUUGGUCUGGACUGUUCGACUUAUUGCGGACAGUUUAAAAGCACAGUAAACAGUAGAAACAGAGAUAACAGCCUUUUUUGUUCCACACAUUUGUCUUCCUUUUCCUCUAGAAUUUUGUUGCACACUUGUUCAAUGACAAUAAAAGGAUUCUGAUCCAAAACAUAGCUACUGUUUUCCCACAAUGCACCUUAUCCACUGAAUUACAUCACUGGAGUAAAUGUAUCCGAUUACAUGCAGCUAUCUCUAAAGCCACAAAGGGUGUCAUACUACUUUUUUCUCCAAGUCCCCGAGUCCUCCCUGAGUCCUAUAAAGACACUUUGAGAACUGUGUAAAAUUGGUGGAGUAACCCUUUAAAAUAAUCAGUCUUUAUGAUUUAAUUGUUUCAUUUAUUUGUCUGUUUGAUAAAAACUCCUACACAGGACUUCAUGCUUUCUGAUUAUUAAACCAAAACACAACAUGGAAGAGAAUGUACAGUUGGAGGCAUUUUAGCAUGAUUUCAAAAAGGAGUCAGGUUCAAUAGAAUUUUGUACAACUUUGCACAUUGAAAAUUAUUUUGUGUCAUAGUUCUGCUUUUGAUAUCGGAGCCAGUGCAGAUAUUGAUCCUGCGGUGCUUUUUUUUUUUUCUUUUUUUUUUUGAAAGCUGAACUUUCUCUCACCUCUCUCUGUGUCUUUUUCAUGCCAGGAAGCACAGUCAUAAAUUAUCCACUUCUUUUCUUACAAUAGUAUUGUACUUGCACAUCAGGUUUAUCUUUCUGUUAUCGUGUAUGUCUGUAUCAAAUGCAAAAGACUGUGUUAUAGAUUAAAAAUAAAUGUUUUGAAGCAGCA